AUGCAUUUAAAAAUUGCAUUGGUCUCCUGCUUUUUAGCAAUUUGUUAUUCCGAAAAACCCUACGCCGGCUUACGACCUUCACUAUCUCGUUUUUAUACUCGCGUUGUUGGUGGCAGCGAUGCCAGUAAAGGUGAGUUCCCACAUCAAAUCUCAUUGCAAUGGGGAUAUCCACCAGUUUUACGUCACUUGUGCGGCGGAAGUAUUCUGAACAACGAAUGGAUUCUAACGGCCGCUCAUUGCCCAUUAGCAGUCUCCGGCAAUUUGUAUGUUAAAGCUGGAAAGCAUUUGAUACACAGUGUCGAGCAAAGCGAGCAGGACUCUAAGGUCGAAAAAAUCUUUGUUCAUGAGAAAUAUCCAAGUGGUGUAUCGCCAUACGACAUCGCACUGCUAAAGCUGAAAACGCCUUUCGUCUUUGAUAAUUUUACACAACCAAUUAGGCUACCACAAAAAAACAAAUCCGUUAACGGUGAGGUGAUACUCUCCGGCUGGGGUUCUACCUCGAAUUCUAGCAUACCUUCAAUGCCUAAUACUUUGCAAAAGGUGGCUUUAAGUAUUGUUGAUCUAAAUACAUGCAGAGAAGCCUUAGAGUCGCUCAUUGGAUGGACGCCCCUCCACGCAACAAAUAUUUGCACUGGUCCCUUAACGGAAAAUCUCUCGGCUUGCAGUGGUGACUCUGGUGGUCCAUUGAUUAAAAGUGAAUCUGAUGGAAGUACUGAAGUAAUUGGAAUUGUUUCCUGGGGAAUCAUACCCUGCGGUACAAUUGGAGCUCCAUCGGUUUAUACCAGAGUAUCGGCUUACAUCGACUGGAUCGAGUCAAUUAUAAAUAAUAAUUAAGAGUAAAGAACUGUUUUAAGAUGUUGUUUGUAAAAUGUCAUAGGUUGAAAAAAAAAGUUUUUCAUUUUCAACAUGUGAU